CGUGUAAACCAUUGGCCAGCUUAUUAGAGCAAGCUAACUAAUAUUGAAUUUCAAAUUGUGUGCUCAUUUAUAAUACCAGAUAACUUUCAAUUGCAGAUUUAGUACCUCAAAACAGACUCUCAUGUGGAUUCCAGAUUCCUUUUUUUCCAGCUUGCUGAGCGGGAGAAUUUCAACACUUCGAGAUGAAACUGGUGCUAUAUUUAUUGAUAGAGAUCCGGCAGCAUUCGCACCUAUUUUAAAUUUUCUUCGGACAAAAGAAUUAGACUUAAGGGGAGUGAGUAUUAACGUUCUCAGGCACGAAGCUGAGUUUUACGGAAUCACUCCGUUGGUGAGAAGGCUCCUGCUGUGCGAAGAGCUGGAGCGCUCGUCCUGCGGCAGCGUCCUCUUCCACGGCUACCUGCCCCCACCAGGUAUUCCUAGUCGCAAAAUAAACAGCACAACUAGGUCCUCGGCCGAUUCUAGGAGUGGACUGAACUCUGUGGAAGGUGAGGCUCGGGGAGGCGGUGCCCAGCCCGUCCUCUCUGCCUCUGGCGAGGAGCCUGCCAGGCUAGGAUUUCCUGUGGACCCACGCAAGGUGCUGAUCGUGGCUGGCCACCACAACUGGAUCGUGGCUGCCUACGCCCACUUCGCUGUCUGCUACAGAAUCAAAGAGUCCUCGGGGUGGCAGCAGGUGUUCACAAGCCCGUAUUUGGACUGGACAGUUGAACGAGUAGCUCUGAAUGCGAAGGUGGUCGGAGGUCCCCAUGGAGACAAAGACAAAAUGGUCGCCGUGGCCUCGGAGAGUAGCAUCAUCCUGUGGAGCGUCCAGGAUGGAGGAAGCGGAACGGAAAUCGGAGUGUUCAGCCUCGGUGUCCCCGUAGACGCUCUCUUCUUCAUCGGUAACCAGUUGGUGGCCACGAGCCACACGGGGAAGGUGGGCGUGUGGAACGCCGUCACUCAGCACUGGCAGGUUCAAGAUGUCGUCCCCAUAACUAGUUAUGACACUGCUGGGUCGUUCCUUCUGCUCGGCUGUAACAACGGGUCCAUCUAUUACAUCGACAUGCAGAAGUUCCCUUUGCGGAUGAAGGACAACGAUCUCCUGGUGACUGAACUCUACCACGACCCUUCCAACGACGCCAUCACCGCGCUCAGCGUGUACCUCACCCCCAAAACAAGUGUCAGUGGGAACUGGAUUGAGAUCGCCUACGGUACCAGCUCUGGGGCAGUGCGGGUGAUCGUGCAGCACCCCGAGACGGUGGGGUCGGGCCCGCAGCUCUUCCAGACCUUCACCGUGCACCGCAGCCCCGUGACCAAGAUCAUGCUGUCCGAGAAGCACCUCGUGUCGGUCUGUGCAGAUAACAAUCACGUCCGGACAUGGACGGUGACACGGUUCAGAGGCAUGAUCUCGACUCAGCCCGGCUCCACUCCUCUCGCCUCGUUCAAGAUCCUGUCUCUGGAGGAGACGGAGAGUCCCGGCAGCUACUCCUCUGGGAACGACAUCGGGCCCUUUGGUGAGCGAGAUGAUCAGCAGGUGUUCAUCCAGAAAGUGGUCCCCAUCACCAACAAGCUGUUCGUCAGGCUGUCCUCCACUGGGAAGAGAAUAUGUGAGAUCCAAGCCGUGGACUGCACGACCAUCUCCGCCUUCACCGUGCGGGAGUGCGAGGGCUCCAGCAGGAUGGGCUCCCGGCCCCGGCGCUACCUGUUCACCGGCCACACCAACGGCAGCAUCCAGAUGUGGGACCUGACCACCGCCAUGGACAUGGUCAGCAAGAGCGAGGACAAGGAUGCAGGCGGCCCGACAGAGGAGGAGCUGCUGAAGCUGCUGGACCAGUGCGACCUGAGCACCUCCCGCUGCGCCACGCCCAGCAUCAGCCCGGCCGCCUCCGUGGUGCAGCACAGCCGGCUCCGCGAGGCCAGCUCCAGCCUCCAGCUGCAGCAGCAGGAGACCAUCCACGAGGCAGCCACGUAUGGCUCCAUGCGGCCGUACCGGGAGAGCCCGCUGUUAGCCCGGGCGCGGAGGACCGAGAGCUUCCACAGCUACCGCGACUUCCAGACCCUCAACCUGAACAGAAACCUGGAGCGCGCUGUGCCCGAAGACGCCACCUCGGGCCCCAUCCAGGCGGAGGUGAAGCGGGCGGCGGGGGACUGUGCUGGGGCCGAGAGCAAGGCUCCUGGAGCCGAAACGAGAAGUGUGAGAGAGUCCGAUGGUGGGUCGGAAGCGCACAGAGCAGCCGACGCUGCCCCGGAACCCAAGAAGAGGGCGCCCGAGGAUGACGGUGACAAAGGGGAGCUCCGCAAGAGAGGCGGGUUCGACGGAGGAGGGCUCCUGGGCAGGAAGAAAGGGCCCCACCUGGCCUCCUCGCCCAGCACCUCCGAUGGAGGCACCGACUCGCCCGGGACCGCGUCCCCCUCUCCCACCAAGACCACGCCGUCCCCUCGGCACAAGAAGAGCGACUCCUCGGGGCAGGAGUACAGCCUGUGAGCUCACCCGGCAGUAUCUGCAAAUAAGGUAAUUGUGAAGCAUUAAGCAUUUAUUGGUGAAAAAUGUACAUAUUCUCAUUCCAGGAAAUAAGUGAGUAAAAUUGAAUAAAUGCUUUAAAGUUUACCAUAUUGCCAGUGGUUUCACAACCGUUCUCCUGUAUUUAUUUAUCAAGUCAAAUAAAAAUGAUGAAGACUA